UGUGUGUGCGCGCGCCUGCCCGUGUGUGCGCGCGUAUAUUUGGUAGUGCGUGUGCGUGUGUGUGUGUGUUUGUGUUUGUGUUUGUGUGUGUGUGUGUGUGUGUGUGUGUGUUUGUGUGCGCGUUAUCUUCCGUGUGCCGUUAGUGUCGUAAUAUUGUAGCUGCGGGCCCAGCGAUCGCAUCGCCGCCUCCGCCAACGCCGCCGAACGGUCGACCCGACCAAGAGAUUCGUCGAACCGACCGACGACAUUAAUUGUCACAUCGUGUCGUGGAACGAAUAAGGAUGAGUACCAACAGCGAUAACGCCGCUAGGCUGAACGUGCCGGAUGAGUUGAGAGAAUUGCUGCUCGACUUCACGAUCGGUUACUUGCUCGAGCAGCCCAACAAUCUCAUCGACUAUGGCAUAGAGUUCUUCGAAAAACUCAAGAACACCAAGUCGUCCUCCAGCACAAAGCAGCAGACCGCUGGAGAUUUUAGCGACGAAGACGACGCUUCAGACAUAGAAGCUCCACCAACACGUUAUAGUUCUAGACGUAAAUCAGUUUUUGCAGAAACAUAUAAUCCAGAAGAAGAUGAAGAAGAAGAGGGACCAAAUGUUGUAUUUCCUAAAUCUGAUGAUCAACGUCAAGCACUUGCAGCUAGUGUUAAAAAUAUAUUCAUAUUCAGGGCCUUGGAUCCUGAACAAAUGAACAAUGUGAUUGAUGCAAUGUUUGAUCGCGAGGUGCAUGCUGGAGAUGAUAUUAUUAAACAGGGUGAUGAUGGUGAUAACUUUUAUGUUAUCGAUAGAGGUACAUUUGAAGCUUAUGUCACGGAUGCAGAUGGAAAUGACCGUUUGGUGCAUACAUAUGAACAUAAAGGUAGUUUUGGAGAACUUGCAUUACUUUAUAACAUGCCUCGAGCAGCAACUAUUAAAGCAAAGUCAGAUGGCCUUCUGUGGGCUAUGGAUCGUCAGAUAUUUAGACGUAUUGUAUUGAAGAGUGCAUUUAAAAAACGUAAAAUGUAUGAAGAGCUCAUUGAAGUGGUUCCUAUGUUAAAAACAUUACAAUCAUAUGAGCGCAUGAAUUUGGCUGACGCUCUAGUCCCUAAAUACUACCAAGACAAAGAUUGCAUUAUAAAUCAAGGUGAUCCGGGUGAUGGCAUGUAUUUUGUAGAGGAAGGCAUUGUUAAUGUAUUAGUAACCAGUGAAACUGGUGAACAAAUUAAGGUUAAUCAAAUAGAAAAAGGUGGUUAUUUUGGUGAACUGGCUCUUGUCACACAUAAAGGUCGUGCUGCGUCAGUGUUUGCUGAAGGCAAAGUCAAACUAGCAUUUUUGGACGUUGAUGCAUUUGAACGUUUGCUGGGUCCAUGCAUGAACAUAAUGCAACGGAAUAUCGAGGACUAUGAAAAUCAACUGGUGAAAAUCUUUGGCUCCAAGCAAAAUAUGACUGAUGUCCGAUGAAUGGUUAACGUUUGACCGGUCGCUACGAUUGUGUUGUACAUCCAUUGACCAUUUGUAGUUGUAUUUUUUCUUAUCCUAACGAUGUUUGGUAAAUCAUUAUUUAUUAUUUUUCUUAAUUUACCAUUAGAAAAUAUUAUAUAUGAAUAUAAUUUAAACUUUAGAUACAGUUUCAUAAUACAAACAAUUACAAUCAAACAAAUUGACAUCCCUUUUUGUAUACAUAACGUGUAUAUAAUAUAAUAUAUAAUAAUUAUAUUGAUAUGAUAAUCUUUUUGAACAACUACAUCAUAACCUAAGAUAUAAACGACUGUAUUACUUCAAUUUUAUUGUGCGCUUUGAUAUGAAUGUUAGUUGCGUGAUGACAUGUAUAUUAUAUAAUACGAAGAUGAUUAAUACUAAUAUAUCUACAAGAGCUGUAUUUUUAGUCGUACAUUUUAGGUUUCAAAACGAUAUAAUACUAUGAUAAAUACUAUUGUUACUUCGCGGUGUUAUUAUUAUCACGAGGAAUGAUGAACACAAUUUGGUUUUUCAAUUUACUUUGUUCAAAUGUCUAUCUGGGGUAAAGUUUUCUAUUCUUUAUAUAAUAUAAUAAUAAUUACAAUGCAGUACGAGAGUAUUUGAUUAUUAGAAUUUAAGCAGAUUCUAUCUCAUCUCGACCAAUAAACUUUAUUUAAGGCGAACUUCGUUUAAUUGUUAGGUCGUUCAAUAUAAAAACUAGACAUACGUUGCCGAAUCGUUUCUCUUUUAUAUUACACAACAAAAAUCGUAUGCUGUAUCCGAUUGAUCGUGCGUUGAGUAGUUAAAAUAACUUUGGGAUUUCGGGCGAGCCACAGCUCUUAGACAGACUACAUGUUUUAAUGUAAUUUUCCACUGACAUUAAGUUACCUUUUUUUUAACCUCAAAUGUUUGUCGCGAUGUUCACAAUUUUUCAAUUUGUUUUUAUUUAUCUCUUGCUAGUAACGAACCACAAAAACUCCUGAAACACGCUCCCGAACGUAAUUUCACAUUGUAUGAGAAAUAUGUACCUAUAUGUAAUGCCACGACAUUAAUCUUUGUGCUACUCCACCACCUUAAACGGAUUUUGUGUAAUUCAAUUAUAAACAUGUAUGCCUCGCUUUUUUCUUUUUAAUAUUAAAAAACAUUCGGUGACGGAAUGAUUCCAAGAUGACUGCCCUGUAAUAACCCUGUUAGAGAUAAAAUGCCGUUUUAAAAACUAUAACCGUGUACCAAAACACCUCUAGGCCAUAAUCAACUAACCCCAAUAAUAUUAUUUUAUUUAGGCGGUAGGUGAUAAAAAUUUAACAAAAAUAGCCAUAUAAUAAUAUAUAUAUAUAUAUACCUAUGAAGACUUAAUUUAGAUGUUUAAUUCAUAAUGUUAGAGUCACAAUUAUUAUGAUUAAUAAUUAUAAUAUAAUAAUAAUGUUUUAUAUAAUAUAUAAUAUCCGGGUGCAAUAAAUGUAUAGGUUUUACAUUUAUCUAUACAUUAUUAUUUAUAGGUAACCCAAUAAUUUUGUUUUUGUUUUGUGUUUUAUGUUUGUUUUUAUUUUGUCUUACUCUAGUUGUUAUUUAACACACCCAUCGUAUUAGGCACGUAAAAUAUUGUAUCGUAGUAAUUGUUUUUUUUCUAUCGUAUUAGUGAAAUAAUA